AUGAUACCAGAUAACGUAACACUGAUUGUGAAGACCCCGAAUCAGCAAAUUGAAGACCAAAAUAUAGAAUGUGCAUCUUCUUGGACAAUAAAACAGUUAAAAGGACACUUAACAGAGAUCUAUCCCAGUAAACCAAGCACCGACGAGCAGAAGAUCAUCUAUUCGGGCCAGCUAUUGGACGACAACUGCGUCCUGAAGGACGUGCUGCGCUUCUACGAUCCGGGCUCGGAUAAAAUCCACACUAUGCACCUAGUGUGCACGCCGAAGCGUAAGGCGGAAAGCAGGAAGGAGCUGCCGAGAGCGGAGACCGCGCCGAGAGCGGAGGCCGCGCAGAGAGCGGAGGCCGCGCCGAGACCGGAGACCAGACAGAGGGCGGAGACCGCGCCGAGACCGGAGACCAGACAGAGGGCGGAGACCGCGCCGAGACCGGAGACCAGACAGAACGACCAGAACCACACGGUCGAGAUGCGCAACUACCUGAGCACGUUCGCGAACAACUACGGCCGUGUGCCACCCUACCCGGCGUACAACUUCGGCGGCGGCCAACCGCCCGCGGUCAACGACCCCGCCACGUUCGCCAACCAGAUGCUGAUGAUGCAGCAGGCGUACAUCCAGUACAUGCAGCAGUACGCCAAUAUGCAGCAAGCGAUGUCGCAACGCAACGAGGCGGAGGCGCGAGAGGCGCGCCCGCCCCCCGAAGAGGCCGUCGAGGCGCGCGCGCCCCCAGAGGAGGCGGCCGCGCCCCGCGACUGGCUCGACCACGUGUACACCGCCUCCCGCAUGGCGAUACUCUUCUCGCUGGUCUACCUGUACGGCAGCCCCGUCAGGUUGCUACUGGUGCUGCUCGUCGCCACCGUGAUAUAUUUAAACCAAAUGGGGAUGUUCCGCGAAUUGCCCCCCAACGAGGAGCAAAAUGCAACCCCUACAACCCCACAGGAGGCACCCCCUGCUGCCACCCCCAAUCGUAACAACCUGUUAACCUCCAUAUGGAUAAUAGCUUCCUCGUUUUUCGCAUCAUUAAUACCCGAGGCCAAC